CUCUGACAAGCGAUGAAGUUCUUGUGGAGGGUGAACAUGAGAAAACUGCCGAGGAACUCGAUUGAUUAUUACUUACUGCCGAACAAGAUCUUGUGCAGUAUGAUUGGCAUAUGGCCUCCUGAUGAAAAACGCUCGAUCUGCAGCAAAGUAUUCGCAUACUUCCUGUACACAUUAUCUUUAAUUGCUCUCUUUAGCGUUUUCGUGCCGGGACUUUUCCUAAUUGCGGUGAACUGGGGUGAUCUGAAAAUUCUGACAGGAGUCGGCUGUGUUUCAACAACUCUUGCACAGCUUUUAUUCAAAAAAAUUUAUCUAGUAGCAAGACGAGAGAAAUCAUGUGGAUUGUAUAAAGAAUUAAGAAGUCUCUGGGAGUCCACUGACGAUCCUAAAGAAAGGCAAUCUUACGAAGAAUUCGCUUACUGGGCACGAAUUUGUUCGAUCAUCUUCUAUUCGUCCGGGACGACGACUGUGAUUAUUUUCACAAUUUCAGCAGCUUGUGAUUACAUUAGAAGCGAACAUAACGACAAUGGUGUUAACGGUCGACAUUUACCAUUUGACGUCUGGUAUGGAACGGAUGUCACGGAAUCGCCUAACUUUGAAAUCGCCUUUGUUUGUCAAUUCCUAGCAGCUUUGCUUGGCACUGCCGGAAUUUGCGCCAUAGAUACCACGUGUGUCACCACAAUCCUACACAUAUCUGGACAAUUCAGAUUAAUCAGCAGGUGGAUUAGUAAUAUUGGGAUCGAAAUAAGAUGUCAUUCUAUUAAUUAUAUAUCCGAUCGUUCGGGGAAUUUGGCAACGGAUCUAAUCAAGUGUAUUCGUCAUCAUCAACGAUUAAUAAAUCUGGUGAAUGAUGUUAAUGAUUUAUUAACCCCCAUCAUUUUUCUGCAACUCCUCACGAGUGGAAUAGAAAUUUGUUUAAGUGGAUUCGCAGUUAUGAGUAAUGGUUCAAACGCCGAUUUAUUUAAAUUUAUCUCUUACUUAUUAUCGAUGAUGAUACAACUUUUAUUAUGGUGCUGGCCUGGUGCAAUUUUGGUUCAGGAAAGUCAGCAAGUAGGGGAGAUAGCUUAUCUGAACGUACCAUGGUAUAAAUUGCCACUGAUUAAUAGAAAACAGCUUCUACUUAUAAUCCUCAGAUCGCAGAAGUACUGCAGUAUUUCGGCAUUAACGUUUCAGACAUUGUCUAUUCAUACUUUAACAAGUGUAUUUAAUACAGCCACCUCUUAUUUCGCUUUAUUACGUCAAAUGCAACAGAAUGAAGUAUCAAUGUUAUGAUAACCGGUAUCUAUGGUUUUUGAAGCAACAGUAAAAUAUAGCUGUAUAUUUGUGUACAAUUUGUAGGUUAUUACUUAACCUUCGA